AUGCUCUUGCAGGAUGAACAACCUGUCGCUGGGCCAUCCUCCCGACCAUACUCACCUGCUAUCCCUUCAUCCUCAUUGCGAGAGUGUGCUAUCGGUGCCAACUGUCCUUUCUUGUUUAACACCCCUACUAUCACUCAGUCCCGACACGGACGCCUCACGUCGAGGCCGAGCAACCUCGACCAAGUAAUAGGGCCGCAGGAUAAGAGGGGAAUGAAGAGACAGGAAAGUGGAGACAGCAGUACAUCAAGUACGUCGGCAUAUAUCUCAGAAUCAUUCAGUGGAAGCGUAUCGAACGACCCCGCUACAAGUACGUCUUCCUCCUCCAGACCCCUCUUCGCCGGUCCCGCUGCGACAUCCUCUUCCGAAUACACUUAUAAUACAACACUACCUUACUCGUCACAAUUCAACACCUCUUCGGAUGCGUCCACAUAUCUGGCAACUUCCACUGCUACUAGUUCUUAUUAUCGAUCUACAUCUUUCACUUCGCUUUGGUCCUACAGUGCUUCGAGAUCACAUUCUGUAUCCGCCUCUCAGCCAUCUCAAACAGCAUAUAUUCCAGGAGUGCUGUUGAACCUUACCCUAGCAGGAGAUAGCGACACAGAAGCGGUGUACAGUGUCGAUGUUGCCUUAGGACAUAGCUCCUCGGACAGUUCAUCCACAAGAAGGGACAUCAACAGAAGAAGGGCAGCGUCUUGGAACGGUUAUGACUUACAAUCAGUCAAGUUGCAAGUCGAUUUGGGCUCUUCGGAUUUGUGGGUUGCAACCACUGAUUGCGCAUCGACAUCAUGCGAAAGCGCCAACUCAUUAUUCAACGCAUCUCAAUCGCUCGACUCAGGCGUAUCGGCGAACGUUCAGUAUCAAUCAGGAGAGGUGGACGGAGAGAUAUAUUGGGAGGAGGUCACAGUGGGAGAUUUUGGAAUCGGAUAUCAAGCUUUCAUCGCUGCGUCAGUGGUGACAGACGAAGAUUUGAAAGGAGGGAAUUUUGUUGGUGUUUUGGGUUUAGCUUUACCUGCCAGUUCAACCAUACUUUCGACCAUUGGUGGUACGACAGGAUCUAACCCAGAUGGAGCUACUUUUCUGGAUAAUCUUUUUGGAGCAGGUAUCGACGCACCGUCGGAGCGUGUUUUUGCCCUAGCAUUGGAAAGACGAGAAGACGUCCGCACUUCCUCCUCGUUCGGCAUCGGGACUGUGGAUCAAGACUUUUGUCCAUCUCCGUGCGAGCCCCCAUAUAUUCCUAUCAUCUCACAACCUCAACUCGGUGUAACGGGCUAUUUGCAUUGGAGAAUACCGAUUCAGAGCAUUUCAAUGACGACCUGGAGUGAUCAACAGCACGGUGUUGGGCCAACCAUCACAAACGUCACUCUUGGUACAAGCCAGGUUUAUCCUUCCAAAACCACUCCACUCGCGGUUUUGGACUCAGGCGGUGUUCAGAUUUUGACAGGCUAUAGAGCAUACGCCGAUGCUAUCUACAAUGCGGCCGGAAUCAACAUGAGUGCGGACGGCUUAUACCGCAUGCCCUGUACUCAACAGUUGGCAUUCACCUUUUACAUCGCAGGUCAAGAUGUCCCGGUCCAUCCUCUCGAUAUGACUUACCCUGAUCCAGACGAUCCCAGUCAAGCGCAGUGUAUAGGAAUGAUUCAGUAUUCCAGCAACCUUGGACAGACAGGGGACUUUAUUUUGGGAAGCAGUUUCCUGAGGAAUGUUUACAGCAUCUUCCAGUAUCCCGACACAAACAAACAGAAGACAUGGCAACCUACCGUUGGUCUGAUCCCGUUAACGAACGCAUCCGUUGCUUCUCAAGACUUUUAUGCUGUUAGAAUUCAACGACAGUCCCUCACAUCCGUGUCUUCCGAUCAGCAAGCGAUCUCAAGCGGUACCCCUUCCAAUCCUGGAUCGCAGCCAUCACAAGCAGCAACUGAGAAAAAGGUGGUGAAUACGACAGUCAUCGCUGCCGUCAGCGUCGUCGGGUUUUUUGUUCUAGCAGCUGUAGCGUUUUGCGCUUGGUGGUUCUGGCUCAGGAGGAAGCUUGGUGCUGGAGGAGUAGUCGAGUACAAGACUGCUCCUGCAAGACCGAGACCUGCUGGUUACAAAAGCGAUAGUAGUCUUUCCUCUUUGCGAACCAAAAAGCACUCAUCAGCACAACGACAAAGAUCCAUGGUGGAAGGAUUCUCGGGUACGGACUAUGAAGCGGAUUCGUGGAUGUCUACAACAGAAGGAAACGAUUCCAUCAGGUUAGGUUAUCUCCCUGAAGUUGCGGAAGAAGAUGAUGAUGGUAGACGUACUAGAAUUGCAGACAAGAGGUCUUCGAGGGGAUCAAUCAUCGAUAUGAACGGUCCUGACUCGUAUCAGCUGGUCGAUGUAACGGAUCCCCUCUCACCUCGACGGAGUAGAACCCGUUCUCCACCGGCACCUACUCGACCAGGGCAUGAUUACACCGAUGCCGAGACCGGAAUACCCACUUCAGCGACUUCGGAAAGUAUUCCUUUGACAAACGCAUCAUUUACUCAGACUUCCUCAACUGUUGUCAACUCAAAAGGUAUUAGGAAAUCAUCCAUGUCCAUGUCAGGCCCAUUCCCCGCUCCGACCUCGAUCAGUCAUAUGUCCGGUCCGUUCCCCUCACCUGCCACUGCUAAUAAUACGGCGGGAUCUGUUUCACUACCAACUGCUCGGAAUCCCAUGAGACCCGAUGUUUCUCCGAUGUAUGACAUACGAACUAGCGAUUACUUCUCGGUCCCACCCAUAAAUGGUAGAGGACGGGAGCAUAGGAGGGGAUCUAGUCCGAUGAGUGACGGCAGAAGGGAAAUGAGUGGAAGACGGAAGUCCAGUCCUUCCAAAGCACCAUCAGGAAUAGACGAGAAAGUUUCUGAAGAGGACGGGGACGAAGCAGAGAUGCAGAAAGAACUUUUAUGA